UCUCUCUCUCUCUCUCUCUCUCUCUCUCUCUCCCCCCCCUCUCUGUACUUCUGUCUCUGUUUCUCUCUCUUUCUCUCUGCCUUCUUAGAUCCGUGCUCUGUGUCCAAUCCAAACCCUAGAUCAUUGUCCUCCAAGGUUCCAAUCAGAGCUUAAGCUGUCUCCUCCUGGUUCUGUCUCCGUUGGGUUCAUGGAUUGAGCAGCUUCUGCGGCUGUGCCCGGAAGAGCCGUUGUCGAGGUAUUCCCAUUUCAUCAUUUCUAUACAGCAACUUGGGGAUUCCCUGGACUUCAUGGAAGUUAAGCGGUGGUUUGGUUGUUGAAUUCAUUAAAUUUAACGAGCUCUGCCUGCUAAUUGAGAUCGCCAUUGUUCCCAAUUUCGGGAAUUUAUUAGAUAUCAGGAGCUGACUGAGGUUUUGGUUCCCAUGCAUUGUUCUAUUUGGCGUGUGGUGAUGUGAUUGGAGGGACUUCAUCAAUUAUAUUCUUUGUGAUUGAAGGCAAAUUAAUGUGGGACUGAGAGCGCUGUUGCUUUCUUCACUCUCUGGGAAAUAAGCUCCAGUUGUAUGGACUGGGUGGCUUUCGCCAGUUAGUGUGGUCUCAUUAUCUGGUUUUUGGCCAGUCUAGGUCUGGCGAGUCAUUUCAGGCGGCGGAGGGAGGUAAUAAUUUGUAACAUGCUGAGUGGAGGUAAUUAUUGAUCCCCAAGGGGGCCCAUCCUGGGGGCUGUGGGGGUGGUUUUGGUGCAUGAUGGGCUGUGUUUGUUGCAAGCCUUCCGCGAUCGAGGAUAGUAAAGAGAGUCCUCGGGUAUCUAGCAAGACUUCCUCAGACCUAAGGGCUUCCAGGGAAGCUUUGUCGAGGAGGGAAGAGACUGUUCGGGCCAAGGAUAGACACAGUAAUACGAACGAAGGGAGAGCAAUGUUGAUCGACAAGCAAAUUAAUGGAUCAGUGAGGUUGCAUGCUGAUAGCUUGGACAGGAAUAGGGAGAAGAUGGAGCACGUUGUUGCUCAUCAUCCUGCAAUUGGCAGUAUCCCCAAAGUUUCGGAAGGAGAGCAGGUUGCGGCGGGCUGGCCACCUUGGCUUGCUGCAGUGGCUGGAGAGGCUAUUAGGGGAUGGUUGCCGCGCCGUGCAGAUUCCUUCGAGAAGCUUGAUAAAAUUGGCCAGGGAACUUACAGCAAUGUCUACCGGGCUCGUGAUCUUGAUCAAAGGAAGAUUGUCGCAUUGAAGAAAGUAAGAUUUGAUAAUCUAGAGCCUGAAAGUGUGCGCUUUAUGGCCAGAGAAAUUCACAUUUUACGCAGGCUUGAUCAUCCAAAUGUAAUAAGGCUAGAAGGUUUGGUGACAUCAAGGAUGUCUUGUAGCUUGUAUCUUGUCUUUGAGUACAUGGAACAUGAUUUGGCUGGGUUGGCUUCGCACCCUGGACUGAAAUUUACUGAAGCUCAGGUUAAAUGUUACAUGCAGCAACUCUUACGUGGACUUGAUCACUGUCAUAGUCGUGGUGUUUUACACCGAGACAUAAAGGGUUCCAACCUUCUCAUCGACAAUAAUGGCAUUCUGAAGAUUGCAGACUUUGGAUUGGCAAGUUUUUACGAUCCCCAUCAAAAUCACCCAUUGACAAGUCGUGUAGUGACUCUUUGGUACAGGCCACCUGAGCUUUUGCUGGGAGCUACUUACUAUGGGACUGCUGUUGAUCUCUGGAGUACAGGUUGCAUAGUUGCUGAGUUGUAUGCGGGCAAGCCUAUAAUGCCCGGAAGAACAGAGGUGGAGCAACUGCAUAAGAUUUUUAAACUUUGUGGCUCUCCUUCCGAGGAUUAUUGGAGAAAAUCAAAGUUGCCUCAUGCAACUAUCUUUAAGCCUCAGCAGCCUUAUAGACGCUGUGUAGCGGAAACAUUUAAGGACUUUCCUGCACCUGCUCUGGAUCUGGUGGAGACCCUACUUUCAAUAGAUCCUGCUGAUCGUGGAUCUGCAGCCUCUGCUCUCAAGAGUGAGUUCUUCACCACAAAUCCACUUCCAUGCGAUCCUUCUAGUUUGCCGAAGUAUCCUCCCAGCAAAGAGUUUGAUGCAAAAAUACGGGAUGAGGAAGCUCGAAGGCAAGGAGCAGCAGGAAACAGGGGUCAGCGGCUUGAUCUUGAAAGGAGGGGUGCCAGGGAGUCACGAGCUGUCCCAGCACCUGAUGCCAAUGCCGAAUUGGUAGCAUCAAUGCAGAAGAGACAACUUCAGCCUAAUUCAAAGAGCCGAAGUGAGAAGUUUAACCCUCACCCAGAAGAAGUUGCUUCUGGUUUUCCAAUUGAUCCUCCAAGACCUUCACAAGCUGCAGAAGCUAGCGUCGACCCCCAAGACCCUCCUCAUAAAAGAGCCUCGUACUCUGGUCCACUUACUAAUCGAGCAGCAUGGACAAAAGACGGGAAGAAGCUGGAUGAUAAAAUUGCAUCUGGGGCUCAUUAUCAAGUGAUCUCAGGUGCAGUGACGGGAAGGGGUUUGCCUUCUGAUGAUCGAAGGGAACGAUCCGUUGCGUUGCAGCCCGAAGUGCCAAAACUAAUUGGGAGGUUCCCGGGAUCUUUCAAGGAGACCACUGAGUCCUUGAUACAGAAGGAUCAGAGGCAUCCCAUGCUAGGAGGAUUCCAUAACAAAGAAGACGGAAAAACUGGCAAUAAGGACCCGGUUCUUCAGGGUUACGGGUCCAAGGGACACAAGAUCCACUACUCAGGCCCAUUACUCGUACCAUCAGGCAACAUGGAUCAAAUGUUGAAGGACCACGAUCGCCACAUCCAAGAAGCUGUCAGAAGAGCUCGAUUAGACAAGGCAAAAGCCCGGAAAGCUCAGAACCAGUUGUCAGCUUCUUCGUUAUUUGUUUCAGGUCGCUGAUUGAUCGAAAUAAAAGCAACUGCAGCAGAGUUAGGGCAGGUGAUCUGUGGAUUCUCAUUUCUUACUCACCCAUGGGCUAGUUGAAGUUAUUGGGUGGGCGGAAAAAGCCUUUUGUACAUGGGUUUAGAAAUCAUCGCGGGUGAGUACUAUUCAUUUCAUCCCAAGUUGUUGCGGUCGAAGGAUCCCUCGUUUGUGAUGUGCGGGUAUAACACGGUCUCAUGUCUCGUCACGCCACGAUUGUAAAAUGAUUCAUUCUUGUAGAGGGUAAUCGGGUAGGCAUAAACUGCUUCGUGAGAAUAUGUAAUUUAUCUUAGAUCAUUGAGGAGUACUCGUUUUAAGCAUCUCUUUUAUCUCC